AUGGAGAUCCUCGGUCUGGUGCGCCGCUUCGUGAACAGCGGCUUAAUGCACAAGUUUUUCGGUUUCGCCGCCGUUGCGGUCAACACCCUGCCUGUGCUCUUCAGAUCUCUUUUCGUCACUGCGGAAGUUGAAGGCGGCAGAACCGACCCGGAUCCAGGAAACAUUGAUAUUGGCGAGCUUCCAGUCCAUCUUGCCUCCCCUCUGGCGACCGACCUCUGGCCGACCGGCCCUCACCGUCCGAGUGGCACGUGUUGCGCGGUCCACCCGGUCUGCAUGAUGGAUCCAGACGAGCUGUCCAACCCAGUGCCCGUACCCUGUUGCUUGACGGUUGUCGAAAGCGAGCAAGAGACCGGUACAGAGGACGAGAGCGCCGUCUUCCAGUGGAUUUCUGACUCUGACAUGCUCAACGAACUUGACCAGCUCAGCUACUUCUCCGACUUCUUCCGUCGGCUCUCGUUCUUCGAAGCUGCAUGGUACGGCGCCGCCGACGACCGCGACGGGCUAUAG